GAGGCGGGACUGGAGCGCGCCCGCGGUGAGUGCGCCGCGGGCGGGUGCAGCGGGCCCGGCGCGCGGAGUCUUGUGGAGCCAGGCCCGCCGGGAGGGAGGUCGCCGAGCGCCGCGCCGGGCGGGGCCGAGAGCCGGGCUGGGUCUCCUUCAGGGCUCGGACUCGCGCUCGGGGGCCGGCGCCCGCGCUGAAUCACGUUUCUUCCGGGCGCGUGGCUGGCCUCGCAGCGUGCGGCCCUUGCCCCCCUGUCAUCCAAAAAGACGGGCUUUGUGCCUCCCUUGGCUCUUGAUUCGACGCCUCUGGCACUGUGGGAACACCAACUCCAGUUCGUCCAUAACCGGGCUUCCUAAGAAGAAAGGGAACGCAGGCUGUUCUGCUGCCAACAUGUUUUCGGCCCAGCGGAGACUCUGGUCCCUUAACAGUACAGCAAAAUUCCUGACAAUUAAUUCUUCAAAAAUCCUUGGACUCCCUACUUCUGCUAAGAUGUCUUUGAAAAUCACCAAUGCAAAACGAAUCGAAGGCCUCGAUAGUAAUGUGUGGAUUGAAUUUACAAAGUUGGCUGCAGACCCCUCUGUUGUGAAUCUUGGUCAAGGUCUUCCAGAUAUAUCUCCUCCCAUAUAUGUAAAGGAGAAAUUAUCAAAGAUUGCAGCAAUUGAUAGCCUGAACCAGUAUACACGAGGCUUUGGUCAUCCAUCACUUGUGAAAGCUCUAGCCUGCUUAUAUGAAAAAUUUUAUCAAAAUCAAAUCAAUCCAAAUAAAGAAAUCCUUGUGACAGUAGGAGCAUAUGGAUCUCUUUUUAAUUCCAUUCAAGGAUUAAUUGAUGAGGGAGAUGAAGUCAUAAUAAUAAUGCCUUUCUAUGACUGCUAUGAGCCCAUGGUGAGAAUGGCUGGAGCAACACCUGUUUUUAUUCCCCUAAGAUCUAAACCUGUCAAUGGGAAAAAAUGGUCUAGUUCUGACUGGACAUUGGAUCCUCAAGAACUGGCAAGUAAAUUUAAUUCUAAAACCAAAGCUAUUAUACUGAAUACUCCACAUAACCCCAUUGGCAAGGUAUAUACCAAAGAGGAACUCCAAGUAAUUGCUGACCUUUGCAUCAAAUAUGACACGCUCUGCAUCAGUGAUGAGGUUUAUGAAUGGCUUGUAUAUACUGGAAAUAAGCAUCUAAAAAUAGCUACGUUUCCAGGAAUGUGGGAAAGAACAGUAACAAUAGGAAGUGCUGGAAAGACUUUCAGUGUAACUGGCUGGAAGCUUGGCUGGUCCGUUGGUCCUCAUCAUUUGAUAAAACAUUUACAGACGGUCCAACAAAACACCAUUUAUACCUGUGCGACGCCUUUACAGGAAGCCUUGGCUCAAGCUUUUUGGAUUGACAUCAAGCGCAUGGAUGACCCAGAGUGUUACUUCAAUUCUUUGCCAAAAGAGUUAGAAGUCAAAAGAGAUCGGAUGAUACAUUUGCUUGAAAAUCUUGGCCUAAAGCCCAUAGUUCCUGAUGGGGGAUACUUCAUCAUUGCUGAUGUGUCUUUGCUAGAUGCAGACCUCUCUGGUAUGAAGGACAGCAAUGAACCGUAUGACUAUAAAUUUGUGAAAUGGAUGACUAAAAAUAAGAAACUGUCAGCCAUUCCAGUUUCAGCAUUCUGUAACACAGAAACCAAACUACAGUUUGAGAAGUUUGUGCGAUUUUGCUUCAUAAAAAAAGACAGUACACUGGAUGCUGCUGAAGAAAUAAUUAAGGCAUGGACUGGACAGAAGUCUUGAUCCAAGCAGAAGUUGAAAUGUAUGUGAACACCUCCCAGUACCACUUUACCUCAGGCAGAGUAGCAUCGUGGAUAAGAACUGUGAGAUGCUGGUUGAUGCGUCACCUCUCAGUGCUUCAGUUCCCUCAUCAUAAAAAGGGAAUAAAAUAUAGCACCUACUUUAUGACCCCUGGCUGGCUCUGUGGGUAGAGCCUGCAAGUCUUGAUCUUAGAGUCAUGAAUUUCAGCCCCAUGUCAGGCAUGGAACCUACUUUAAAAAAUAGUACCUACUUUAGAUGAAGUUUGUGAGGAUAAAAUGGAUUGAUAUACAUAAAGCCUCAAUAAACCCUCAACUAAUGUUAGUAGCAGUUCCAGUUCUCCACCAUCGUGUGAAAACUCUUGCCACUUAUAUGCCCUCAACUCCCAGUCCUUUCUUUCUCUACUCACAUGUAGUUCCCUCCCUUUCAUUAACCAGUGCCUUUGAACUUUGCUCAGAGUUUUGCUUCUCUGUACCAAAUACUGCCAGCUUCCAGAGUGGCUUCAAGGUCCACACGGAUUAUGGAGGCUUUCAGAACUUUGACCUUACCUUUGGCGAUGUUCACCUCUACCCCACUCUCCACUUUAGCCACCCACCCCGUUGGGUACAUCCUGGACCUUUCAUCAUUUAAGGCUGUGUCACCUUUGAGAUAGUAAAUUAGUCAUCUCACACUGUACCCACUUAUGCCUAUAGUGUUCUCCUGAUGUUUCUCAUCUGCUCUCAAAAUAUCACUUCUUUAAACUCACUGUAAUUUCAUUUCAAAUCCACUAUUUCUCAAAAAAAAAAAAAAAAAAAAGUCUAUGGCCUUCUUACAGCAGAAUCAGAAUCAAUCCAUGAGAAUAGAUUCUGGUCUUCACCUUAGACCUGCUGAAAAUAAUUUUAGGAUCUGGCCCUUCCAAGGUGAUUUUUAUGCCAGCUGAAUUUUGAUAAUCACAUGGAACCCUCUAUGUCAUUCCCGUCAGUCCCCUUAUAUUUUCCCUGCCCAGCUUAGACUGCGUCAUCUUUCACUUCAACCAAGAUACUUUUGCUGCCUUGAGUAACUUGCCCAUUGUUAUAUCUCACCUAACUGGUCAAAAAACCCUAAAACUUCACCCUGGGAUUAAAAUGCUUAUACUGGGCUGCUGACUACUGCUGUCACAAAAUACACAUUGUGCAGAUACCAACAACCAUGAAUGAAUAUCGUUAAGCUUAACUAGAUUUAAUCCUUCUUUGACACCCUAAUGAGAUUUCUUCUACCUAUUACCACAACAGCAAUUCUUAAUACUCUCCUGUUCUCUACCAUAGAAAUAUCCAACUUCCUUUCUCUCUACAUCUCAAAGCCCACCAGGACCAGCACAAUUAAAUCACAGAUAAUGACCUCAUCACCCACUGCUAUGAGAAACAAAAUGUAAAAACAGAUGCUGCCAGACAAGCAUUGUCAACUGAGAUCCUACCAAAAGGCCUAUGACCUAUCUGCACCAGCAUUCAUCCUUAAUUCAUUUCAUCCAGGUUGGGGCAGAAUGGGGAGGAUUGGUAGGAAGGCAGAACCAGGUCCAGUCAUGCAGAAGGAAACCCAGGACCGCAAGAGCUGACUGCUGCACCCCAGUAUAAAUCCCAUGUAUAAUUUUUAGCCUGUCCACUCUUGCUGGGGACAUGAUGCAGUUUUUGCCAGGAUUUAAAUCUGCUUUUCACAGUCCUGGACUUGUCCAGUGCUAAUCCUACCACCCUUUCUUCUCACACUAUAACUUGGCUCAGUCCAUUCUCUUGUAUUUUCAGCCUCUGGUUCCUUUCCUCAGCAGUGAGACAUGUCCAGAUUUCUCUAUUAGAAAAUUCUCUCCUAAAUGCUAUCUACUGCCCUGUUAUUUCUUUCUCUUCAAGGCAAAACUUCUCCUUCUUUCCUCCUUCCCUCCCCCUCACCUUCCUUCCUUUGUUCCUUCCUUUAACAAAUAUUCAUUGAACUCAUACUAUGUGACAGACACUAAUAUAAGUCUGUUUCUUGGUUUUUCUCUCUUUUUGCCCUUUCUCAUUUGUUUUAUUUCGUAAAUUCCAAAUGUGAGUGAAAUCAUAUAGUAUUUGUCUUUCUCUGACUUAUUUCGCUUAGCAUUAUACUCUCUGCUUCAUCCAUAUCAUUGCAAAUGACAAGAUUUCAUUCUUUUUUAUGUCUGAGUCAUAGUUCAUCUUCUUUAUUCAUUCAUCUAUCAGUGGACACAUAAGUUGCUUCCAGUUUGGCUAUUGUAAACAGUGCUGCAGUAACCAUACCCAAUAAACAUAUGUCUUUUCAGAUAAA